UAGACUUCUGGCAUUUUGACAGUUCUUUUUGCGUCGAACUGUCAAAACUCAUAGCUGCCAACAUAUAACAACUUCCUUCUUUUUCGGUCUUUUCGACGUACAACGUGCUGACAAAUAGAAAGAUGCCUGCUAAGGCAAAGACUGUUCCGGCAGAGAAGGCGCCAGCCACCAAGAAGGAGAAGGCGCCGGCCACCAAGAAGGUGAAGGCGCCGGCUGCCAAGAAGGAGAAGGCGCCGUCCGCCAAGAAGGAGAAGGCGCCGUCCGCAAAGAAGGAGAAGGUGGUUAAAACAAAGAAACUGCCUGCGGUCCCUGAGUCGAAGCUAAAGGCAACUAGAGCUAAGGUGAUUGGUCGCCCGGGAACUUUGCGGCGGCGUCGGCAGCUGCACGCUGUUAAGCUGCUUCGUCGGCGUCAAAACCUGCUGAGGGCGGCCAAGUACACUAAAAAGUAUCUGAAGAUGGAACGUGAGGUCGUGGAGAAAGCGAAGGAGGCCAAGAAAGCCGGCAAUAUUUAUAUUCCGGCUGAACCGAAGGUUGCCUUCGUUGUGCGAAUCCGCGGUAUAAACAAAGUUGCUCCGAAGGUACGAAAGGUGCUCCAGCUGUUCCGUCUGCGUCAGAUCAAUAACGCUACAUUCAUUAAGCUGAACAAAGCGACGAAGAACAUGUUGCGUAUUGCUGAGCCGUACAUUACCUACGGGUAUCCCUCGCUGAAGUCGAUUCGUUGUUUGAUCUAUAAACGUGGAUUUGUUAAGCACCGACACAGCCGCAUUCCCAUCACUGACAACUUUGUGAUUGAGCGCAAAUUGCGUGCCGGUUACAAGCUGCAGUGCGUCGAGGACAUGGUGUACCAGAUCUACACGGCCGGGUCACUGUUCCGCAAGGUUAACAACUUCCUGUGGCCGUUCAAACUAAACACCCCAACUGGAGGCUGGCGCAAGAAAAACAACCACUACGUUGAGGGUGGCGACUUUGGUAACCGCGAGGAUAAGAUCAAUGAACUUAUCAAACGUAUGAUUUAAGCGUUCAAGAUUGAUUGCGAGCGAGUUAUGGAUAAAAUAUACAUAAAAAUUAA